AUGGAGAGACUUUCAUCCAUACUGUAUCACAUGGCAGAUACUUACAUCCAUACUGUAUCUCAUGGAGAGACUUACAUCCAUAUUGUAUCCCAUGGAGAGACUUACAUCCAUACUGUAUCCCAUGGCAGAGACUUACAUCCAUACUGUAUCCCAUAUACUGUAUCCCAUGGAGAGACUUACAUCCAUACUGUAUCCCAUGGCAGAGACUUACAUCCAUUCUGUAUUUCAUGGCAGAGACUUACAUCCAUACUGUAUCUCAUGGAGAGACUUACAUCCAUACUGUAUUCCAUGGAGAGACUUACAUCCAUACUGUAUCAUAUAGACUUAAAUCUAUAUUGUAUCUCAUGGAGAGACUUACAUCCAUACUAUGUCCCAUGGAGAGACUUACAUCCCUACUGUAUGUCAUGGACAGAGACUUACAUCCAUACUAUAUCCCACGGAGAGACUUACAUGCAUACUGUAGCUCAUGGAGAGACUUACAUUCAUACAGUAUCUCAUGGAGAGACAUACAUCCAUACUGUAUCUCAUGGAGAACCUUACAGCCAUACUGUAUCUCAUGGAGAGCCUUACAGCCAUACUGUAUCCCAUGGAGAGACUUAUAUCCAUACUGUAUCUCAUGGAGAGACUUACAUUCAUACUGUAUCCCAUGGAGAGCCUUACAGCCAUACUGUAUCUCAUGGAGAGCCUUACAGCCAUACUGUAUCCAAGGAGAGACUUACAUCCAUACUGUAUCUCAUGGACAGAUACUUACAUCCACACUGUAUCCCAUGGAGAGACUUACAUCCAUACUGUAUUCCAUGGAGAGACUUACAUCCAUACUGUAUCAUAUAG